CGCCUGCGCAAAAAAUCUUACGACCCUCAAACCCGGAUGUAACCAACGCCUAACCUGUCGGAAGGAAAAAACGGCGAGUAGAGUUGUAAAAACCGCUUUGAACGGCGACAUUUGUGCUUUUUUUUUCCACAAGUGGACACGCGCACGAGAACAUUUGGAGCGAUCGCGGCUCACACCGAGUAAAAAAUGCAGACUAUAAAAUGUGUAGUUGUUGGGGAUGGUGCGGUUGGAAAGACCUGCUUACUCAUCUCCUACACGACCAACAAGUUCCCCUCAGAAUAUGUGCCUACGGUUUUUGACAACUAUGCAGUGACGGUGAUGAUCGGGGGCGAGCCUUACACACUAGGCCUUUUUGACACUGCAGGUCAGGAGGACUACGACAGGCUGCGUCCUCUCAGCUACCCGCAGACAGAUGUGUUCCUUGUGUGCUUCUCUGUCGUCUCCCCGUCGUCAUUUGAAAAUGUCAAGGAGAAGUGGGUUCCUGAGAUUUCCCACCACUGCCCACGCACGCCUUUCCUGCUGGUGGGCACUCAAGUGGACCUGCGGGAGGACAGCAACACCAUUGAGAAGCUGGCCAAGAACAAACAGCGCCCCCUGUACCCCGAGAGUGCCGAGAAGCUGGGCCGGGAACUGCGGGCCGUCAAAUACGUCGAGUGCUCUGCUCUCACACAGCGAGGCCUCAAGAAUGUGUUCGACGAGGCCAUCCUGGCUGCCUUGGAGCCCCCCGAGACCAAAACCAGGAGGAGGUGCGUCCUGCUAUAGGCCAGCAGCAGUUAAAGACCAAACGGUAUAUAAGAAAACAUAUUUGGGGGGUUGGGGAGGGUGGUGGUUUGGGCGAAAUCCAAAUGUCAGUGAGUUCAGUGGCCAAUAGAGACAAAGUGGGGAAGGUACAAAGUGAAUUAAAAGGGGAUUGUGGUGAGUGCCUUCAAAAAUAAAAGAGUUGAACGAAACAAAGGGAGUGAAAGGUCAGUGUGCAGUAGAGUAAACGCGGGUAGUAGCAGCCGUCUUCUCGUGGCUGAAAGCUUUUCAUGCGAGUAGUGUUCUCCACAAAAGGGGCAGGAACCCUCCACCUCCCUUGAAAGAGAUUUUUAGGACCAUAUCGUUUGCUUUUGACUUUUGAGUGUCCUGCUGGGGCUUUUCCCCCCCAGUUUGAUGGAGCAAAAAAAAAAAAA